CGCCGGGCGCUGCCCCGGGGAACUCGGGCCGCUUCGCGGGCGCUGCCAGUCUCCGGCGGCGGCGUCCGGCGCGCGGGCGGCCUGCUGGGCGGGCUGAAGGGCCGGCGGCGCGCGGCUGAGGCAGAGCGACAGAGCGGGCGAGCCGCCACGGCGACAGAACAGUUUCAAGACCAGUACACAGAACUUCCAGAUUCAUCAAUUGGUGUUGUAUACAUUUGUUCAAAUUUACCAAGCCGAAUAUUUAAGAUCCGUGCAUUUUAUGCAGGUUUUCUACUUUUAAAAAACAAUGACUACUGAUGAAGCUGCCAAGAACAAUGGAGAAAGCCCUGCAGCAGCUGUUGCUGAACAGGGAGAGGAUAUUACCUCCAAAAAAGAUAGAGGAGUAUUAAAGAUUGUCAAGAGAGUGGGAAAUAGUGAGGAAACACCAAUGAUUGGAGACAAAGUUUAUGUCCAUUACAAAGGGAAAUUGUCAACUGGAAAGAAGUUUGAUUCCAGUCAUGAUAGAAAUGAACCAUUUGUCUUUAGUCUUGGCAAAGGCCAAGUUAUCAAGGCAUGGGACAUUGGGGUGGCUACCAUGAAGAAAGGGGAGAUCUGUCAUUUACUGUGCAAACCAGAAUAUGCAUAUGGCUCGGCUGGCAGUCUCCCCAAAAUUCCCUCGAACGCAACUCUCUUUUUUGAGAUUGAGCUCCUUGAUUUCAAAGGAGAGGAUUUAUUUGAAGAUGGGGGCAUUAUUCGAAGAAUCAAACGGAAAGGAGAAGGGUAUUCAAACCCAAAUGAGGGAGCAACAGUAGAGAUCCACCUGGAAGGCCGCUGUGGUGGAAGGACGUUUGAUUGCAGAGAUGUGGGGUUCAUCGUUGGUGAAGGAGAAGACCACGACAUUCCAAUCGGAAUCGACAAAGCCCUGGAGAAAAUGCAGCGUGAGGAACAAUGUAUUUUAUAUCUUGGACCACGAUAUGGUUUUGGAGAGGCAGGGAAGCCUAAAUUUGGCAUUGAACCUAAUGCUGAGCUUAUAUAUGAAGUUACACUUAAGAGCUUCGAAAAGGCCAAAGAAUCCUGGGAGAUGGAUACCAAAGAAAAACUGGAGCAGGCUGCCAUUGUCAAAGAGAAGGGGACUGUGUACUUCAAGGGAGGCAAGUACAUGCAGGCGGUGAUCCAGUAUGGGAAGAUAGUGUCCUGGUUAGAGAUGGAAUAUGGCUUAUCAGAAAAGGAGUCUAAAGCUUCUGAGUCGUUUCUGCUUGCUGCCUUCCUGAACCUGGCCAUGUGCUACCUGAAGCUCAGAGAGUACACCAAAGCCGUGGAGUGCUGCGACAAGGCCCUUGGACUGGACAGUGCCAAUGAGAAGGGCUUGUACAGGAGGGGUGAAGCCCAGCUGCUCAUGAACGAGUUCGAGUCAGCCAAGGGCGACUUUGAGAAAGUGUUGGAAGUAAACCCCCAGAAUAAGGCUGCAAGACUGCAGAUCUCCAUGUGCCAGAAAAAGGCUAAGGAGCACAACGAGCGGGACCGCAGAAUCUAUGCCAACAUGUUCAAGAAGUUUGCAGAGCAGGAUGCAAAGGAAGAGGCCAGUAAAGCAAUGAGCAAGAAGACUUUAGAAGGGGUCACCAACGAAAAAGAAAUAGGAAGUCCGUCGAUGGACGAGCAGAAAGCCGAAGGGCACGUAUGACACCACGCCACGGAGGGAAGAGUCCUCACGAACUCGGCCCCUCCUCCAUGGGCUUUCACCCAACUCAGGACUAAACAGUGUUUAAUGUAAAGUUUGUUAUAGUCUAUGUGAUUCUGGAAGCAAACAGCAAAACUAGUAGCUUCCCAAAAAACCACCACCCUGCUGCUGCCCAGAGGUCUCAUCACGGGGGCGGCGUGGGACCACUCCAGGUGGAACAGAGCAGCGCCUGUCAGUGUGGAGAGUGAGCCAGCACCUUCAGUCCUGCUCAUUUCAGUUGAUGUCAACUUGCAAUAUCCAAUUCCGGGUCCCUUAAGAUCAUUCUAACAAUUGGGGGCUGUCUGUUAGGUUUUACAUUUGAUUGAACUUUAAUAGCACUGCAGAAACCUAGAAUUCAAUGCUUGAUGAGUUUCUUCUUUCCUAUAGUUGGGCAGGGGAGAGUUGAGGGUGGGGGAGGUUUUGUUUUCCAAAUGACUGAAGUGCUCUGAAUGCAAGCUGUUGGCGUUUUUAAUGAACAGAACCCACUGUAGAGGGGCCAGGUCCCGCUCAGGUCCACAGCAGCAUCACACACUUGAAAGCCAGAACCUCAGAGGCGUCUCGCUUGCUGACUUUGCCGCCUUAAUCAAGCAACCCCUCUGUGAGAGCGGUUUCUGCCCCUCAGCCUGUCCCCUGAGGGGGACCCUGUCAUUCCUAAAACACUCUUCCAUGAUGGUGAGCAGGAGGUUCUGGAUUAGCCUUCCCUGCUUUGGAUGAAGUUCUGAGACACUGAAAUGUGAAGAGAGCAGUCAGAAUUGUGCUUUUUCUUCCCUCCUCUGUCUGUUAGGAAAGAAUGCUGCCUCCAGUAAUGCCUGCUCCUUGCUACCGUUCAGUUUCUUACUUCCAUUCUGACCUCUCCUAUCAAGAAUUUCAGACUUGUUCUUAUAUCUUUGAGGUGGAGUGAGUUUUUAUUUAACCUAUCUAUCUAGGAUCCUUGAAGCAUUUUUUUGUUGUCUUUUUAAAAUUCCUGUCUCAUAAACACGUGUAUACUGAUAUAUGGAAGUUUAUUUACACUUUUUUUUUUUUUUUUUACUUUUUACUACUAAGUAGCUUAAUUUUUAAAAACAAAAUCUGUGAGGUUGAAAAAUCAUUGCUCUUCUACAUUAACCAUUUUCCUUGCAGGUUUGACAGGCUGUAGCUUUCUUUUCCUGCACUGAUCGCUGCUUUGUUCUGGUAUGAGUUGUGGAAAAGAGUUGAAAACAGCUUCCCAUGCAGGUACAUCUAGCCUAAAAUAUCCAGUACUUGGGCAUUGAAUUAGGGCAAGUCUUAAAUACGAACAUGUAGUUGAAUUUUAGUCCUUACGGGUAAGCAAGAUUAAGCAUGGCUUUCUAGUCCCACAGCCUAAGAAAUAAGAAACACUCAUAGGAAUGCAUUUGGCAACCCAAAAAACAUUUGUUUCAACCUAGAACAUCUCACCUUUUUAAAUCCUAAAAAACAGUGGCAAUUAUAUUUUAGAUUCAUUUUUAUUUUUAUGGUGGUUAUUUUAACAAAACACUUUUAUUCUUGGGUUAGGACCCAUGUUAAAAACAUAAAAAUAAAGUCAUUUCCUUUUUAUACCAGUUUUCGUCUCUAUGGAACAAAUGGAAUCGAGUUUCUCCUUUAAUGAUAACUAGAAUUCUUUUUAAUUUCUCAUGUACACAUUUGUCUUUUUUCAUGAGGUAUUUCUUUAAAAAGCCCCAAUCUCACCUAGAGAAUAUAAAGCAAAAGUUGAUUUUGCUUAUCUGCUUAACUGUCUAGUAUUUGUAGCUCUGUUGACUAGAGCAUGACUCCAAUGAGGCCAAGAUUGAAAUUAGAUCCUAAAAAGGCCAGUUAGAUUUUUGCAGGUAACAAGCAAAAUAGUAUUCCCAAAACUAGGUUCUCUUAGCCCACUGUCUCCCUAGUGUGUGUAAUAGGUCACGGGAACAGAAAAGAAAGUGUGUGGAGGGGAGAGAGGGGAAGGGGUGGGCAGGUGGUUCAGAGGAGACUAUUUUAAGGUGCCCAUCACCACUCAAGACAAAGAAACUUCACGUAUUCUUGUAUCAGAUUCAGUAAUUUUAAACAAUGUGUGUAGAAAUCAACUGUCUCUUAGACUGCAUUUGGAGUGGUGAGACAGAUGAAUUAAUAGCAGAUUGGUUUUUAAAACUAUACAGAUGUACUUUUUUGGUGUUCCUUAAAUAAAUUCAGAAAAACAAAUGUGAUUUCCCAUUA